AUGGACAGCUGCGGAAGAGCGCUGAGCCAGCUGCCCCCCCCCACACGUCCUCUCGCCCGCAGCAGUCCCCUGGACUCCGGGGGUCAGAGGUUGCAACCCUGUGCGGCCACGGGUGCCUACUCUCCGUCCGGCACGGUGCCUCCCCACGCGUCCCUGAGGGCUGCCCGGCGGCGGCGGCCAGCGUCCCCAGAGCUGCUGCGCUGUAAGCGGCGGCCGGCUCCAGCGCCGGGGACACCGGGCCCUCUGAGCCUGCAGUUGCAGCCUCCGCCUCCGCAGCAGCAGCCAGGGCCCGACUCGACCCCGGGGGUAGGAGCGGCGGCAGUGGCCCGGCGCAAUGAGAGGGAGCGCAACCGCGUCAAGCUGGUGAACCUGGGCUUCCAGACCCUUCGACAGCACGUCCCCAACGGCGCAGCUAGCAAGAAAAUGAGUAAGGUGGAGACCUUGCGCUCGGCCGUCGAGUACAUCCGUGCCCUGCAGCAGCUGCUAGCGCAGCAAGACGCCAUGGGCGCCACUUUCUCUGAGGGCCUCCUGGGCGCGGGGGCCACUGGCCCGGCCGGGUCUCCGCAGCCUCCUGGGGCUGGGGCCCCGUGCGGAGGCAGUGAGGGCCCCUGCCCCUACUCAGGCUCGUACACGUCGGGCUCCCCCUCCUUCGACUCGUUGUCCCCCGGCCGAGAGGGCAGUUCGGUGCCAGGUUCCCCUCGCUCACCGUACUCAUCAGACGAGAGCGGUUACGAGGGGGCGCUGAGCCCCGAGGAGCAGGAGUUGUUGGACUUCACCAGCUGGUUCGGGGGCUACUGAGAGGGCGUGUGCGCCGCCCCCCCCCCCGGUAACUAGGAGCCGUGGACCCGCCGAGACUCAGUCGCCGCCCCCUCUGAUCCCCCGCCCCCCACUCACAUACUGGCCCAACGCACCCUGAUUUCCUUACACACAUACAAGCACACACACACCCCCCACUGACCCACGCGCCCUCGGGGCCCCGGGCAGGAGAGCCUCAAAGCAGCCGCAGGCCCCCACCCCCACCUAGGGCCAGCCGCUCCUAGAGCGGCCUUUGUUUGAGCCGGUGAUCGCCAAACUUCCUUUUGCCGGUUCCGCCGGCCCGGGGGAGCAGGGUGCACCGCCCCCCCAGCUCCCCGCUCUUCCCAGGCCACUCCCUCGGGCUAAAGCGCUGAAGGCGGGUGACUUUGCAAUGCAAAUGGGUCUGCGGAGGGAGGCCGAGACGGAAAGGUGCUCGGGGAGAGGCCCUGACUCACGGAAAAGCUGAGCCCAAGGUUGGCUUUGAAGCCCCCGCCUCCAGCUCCGGGCCCAGGCCGUGAAACGCCGAGUCAAUAGUGCCGUCCCCGCAGCAGCACUGAAUGCCGAGAGGACCCAGUCAGUACCUGAGGGCCUUCCUUGCUUCCCCACCUGUGAAGGAGUUGCAGAAAGCCUGACCUUGCUACCUGCCAAAGAUUCACCCUGGCUGCUGGACGGCGAGGGACCCAGGAAGCCUGCGCUUUAAGCCCUGCCUGCUGGGGCCGGCCUCACAGACUGGGGUGAGGGGGUGGGGAGAAGCGAUGGACAGGCAAGGGGACAGAGAAAGGUCGGGCUUGAGCGACAGUCUGGAAGCUACAGCCUGCCGUGUACCUGGAGGCUUCCUUCUCUCUUCCCCCCUACUUUUAUGUUAAUAUUUCGAGGGAAGUGAGUGUAAUCACCCUUGCCUCUCGUUAGGGGGAAAGGGUUCUGAGAACAGUUUUUUUUUUCUUUUUAAUGAAUGGAAUUGAGUCCCAGAGAACAAAGUCGAGGCGGAUUUUUUACCAACGAACUGGAGCUUGGGAAGCCCAUGAACGUGAUUGUGGAGGGGGCUUCCCUCGCCCCGAAGAGCUGCCCCCCUCCCAAGCCCUGCUGUGGCUCCUUGGGGCAAGCCGACUGGCCUGGCCCUGGCUGCCUUCGAUGAAGGCUGGAUUGAAGGCACUGGGCAGACGACCUUGUGUGAGGGGCUGUCUGCCCUCUACUUAAGAAUUACCCUAUUUUAUGGAAAGUGGAUUUUAUAAAUAAA